CACGCUAACAGCCACACACCGCACCCACCAUCUCCAAAGACAAGGAUCCCCUCGUGUAGCCUUGAACAAACUAUUGGGAUAAUUGCUGUUGGCGAGCACCUAUGAAGACCACACGGUGGUGGGUGGCCAACACCACGCCCAUGUUUACACCCCACACCAGGUACACAUUUGAAGCUGAGGAGGCCCAAGACCAGUUGAGAUAACCCCCAUCACAAUCACAACACACAUACCCUCCAACACUAACACGACUACCACAGUCUAAUCUCUACAGCCAUGCAAGCAACCGCAACCAACCUGCCGUGGCCUGAUGGCUCACAAGGCAUCCCAAACACAACUACAACCACCACCACAAUUGCAACCACCCUCCCAGCCUGGGUGCUAGAGGUCAUGGGUGGUAGUGGUGUUGAUAAUGGUGGUGAUGUGGGCAGUGGUGGUGAUGAGGGUGCUGGUGUUAAUAGUGGUGGUUUGAUGGUGGUGGUUGUGGUUUGAUAGUGGUGAUGAUGGGUGGUUGUGGUGGUGGUGAUGGUUAGUUGUGGUGGUUAUGGGUUGUGGUGGUUGUGGUAGUGAUUGGUGGUUCCGGAAGCCCUGUCCCCUAUCCCUGACCCUACCCCGGAUGUAGGGGUCAGAACCUGGGUUGACACCUGGACCCUGGCCUCUGCUCACGGGAGGAGGGCAGGAGAGUGAGCCGGCUUUUAUGUUCCUGCGGGGCCGGUUUGAGUAGUAAUCGGAUGAGCGCGUUCCACUCGGGGAUCACUCCUGAUCCCCCCACUCCCCGCAAUCCCCUCAAUCCCCCCACAGGGCGGCGGAAGCUUGCCCGUGUGAGCUGAGCUCUCCCCGUCUCACUCCCCGCGCUGCUCCUCACCGGAGCCAUGCUCUCCUUCCCUUCUCCCGCUCUCCUCCUCAUCCUCAUCUCCAGCUCCAGCAUCAUCACAGUGGCUGGGAUCCAGUGCUACGCGUGUGUGGGCCUCUCGGAGCGGCAGUGCAACGCGCAGGGGGUCACGGCGUGCCCCCCACACUCCGACACGUGUGCCACCUUCAUCGGGGGGCCCUCCACACGAGGUGUAAUGAAGAUGUGCUCCAUGCGCGUGCUCUGCCGCGCUGCCGAGUCAGCCCCCCCCGCGGGGGUGCGCGUCCACUGCUGCCACGGCGACCGCUGCAAUGAGAAAUCUGGGGGGCAUGGCCUUCCCCGCGCGGGACCGGUCACGUGGCUACCCCCCCUCCUCUUCCUCCUCGUUCUCCUGUUGGGGGUCGCUACCUAGGUCAUGGGAUGACAGGGACACCAACUCACACCAAUGCACUCAAUAACACUCACAAAUACACACAUUAAUACACUCACUCACGAAUACACACGAACACUCAGUAAUACACAUACUUACUCAUACAUGCACUCACUAAGACGCGCACUAAUCCACACACUCAAUAACACUCACUCACACUCACACUAAUGCAUUCACACACUAACACUCACUAAUACACACACCUCACACUGAUAGCAAUACCAAUACCCGCCAUUCCCCACCUGUGCCAGGCCAGGUGCAAUUUGAGGACACGUGAAGUGUCGAAGGCUUGCUGACAGGAGGUCUCGGGAGAGACCCAGGUGCCAUGGGUUGGCUGACUGACAUGACUGGAAGAUACACCAGCUGUACCCCCUACUGUGCUAACUGCCUCCAACUGUCCAGUAGCGUCCUUCACGAGCCUUCACAGAGGCCGAUCUUGACACCGCUGGUACUCGUCGUCAGCAAGUCCAAUUAGCUCCACAUCUUCUUGUACCACAUCACUCCAUCUCUUCUCUACCCGGUGCCGCAACUGUUUAGCCCCCUCUAUCCAGCCGAACAAAAGCCGUUUAGGCAUGCGGUGGCUGGGCAUGCAGGCUACAUGACUCAGCCAACGCAGCCUUGCCUGCCAGAGGAGCUCACUGAUGGGACUUUGUCCAGAACUUUCAAGGAUUUGUGAGCUCUUCACACAAUCUAGCCUGGGCAAACCAAAUGAUGAAUCGUAGGCAGGCCAGCCUAAAUAUUCCCUACCGGUGAAAAUGUUUGUAAGCAGAGAGAAGAGAUGGCAUGACCGUGGCCAAGAAGACCCGAAGCUUCGUGAGGAGCGACAGACCAGGUAGCUUCCACACAGCGUUAUGCAGCCCAAGAAAAGAUAAUGCUACUCGAUUGAUCCACUCUCUACACAACUGUCCCAUCACAAAUGGGGAGUUGAGGGGGUGGGGUGUUUGAUGGCACAAAAUACCCAGGGAGGUGUUUAGUUUUGGUGGGGCUGAUGGUAAGGCCCCACCUUUUAGUGGCAUGCUUCAGGUUCAGCAGCAGCACCUCCAACUCCUCUUCUGAGUGAGCAGUAAUCACCAGAUUAUCAGAAAACAUAACAUGGCAUUGAUCAGCCUCCCAUUGUAUCUGUACCUGAUGGAGAUUCCUCCGGUACAGCCGUAAAAGGUUUCAUGAACUACGUGAUCGAAAAAUAUGUUAAAUCAUGUGGGAGCCAGAGGACAUCCUUGUGGCACCCCAAGGUGAACAGGGAAUGGCUCCGACUCCCAGCCACGUAGUUUUACCAGAGCCUGCCCACCAUCAUGAAGGUCCUUAAUGAUUGUGAGUCAGGGACUCGGAAAGCACGAAAAACAACCCAGAGCCCAGGCCUACUGAUGGUGUCAUAGGCCUUGACCAGGUCAAUAAAGCAAGGAUGUAGGUCUUCUUGGAAUUCCCUACACCUCUGCUGUACCAUAUAGCAUCUGUGCAGGACUGCCCUGGCCUGAACCACAUUGGGGCUCCGCAAGCCUCUCCUCAGCGUGCCUGGCAAGGCGAUGUUGUAUAAUCCUUAUUCUUUGGUUCUUUCGGUAAAGUCACGUAGGUAUAAAAUAUAAUCCUUGCUAGGACCUUUCCCGGCACACUGAGGAGGUAGAUGCCCCUCUAGUUGUUACAGUCUGUGCGGUCCACCUUAUUAAAGAGGAGGACUAUUAGGGUAUCCUUCAAAUCCAGCGGAACCCGUCCAGUGGUCCAGGAUGUUAUUAUGAUGUCAUAUAGGGCAGUCUGCGGACAAACACCACCCUCCCUCAGCAUUUAACUUGGGAGAUCAUCUCUGCCCGGCGCUUUUUUGGUCUUAGACUCUGAAACGACUUCUGUACUUCCUCAACAGAUAGCACUUCAGCCAGCCAGUCACAGGAGGUGACUACUUACAAUAUUUGAGGCACAACAGCCGCAGCAGGGUGAUCCACACUUUGUACCAUGAUGUUUUCUUGGCUGAGGAAUUUCCCCUCCCCCAAGACCUCACAUAAAUGUUUAGAACAUCUGCAAACCUGUUCUUGGGGGUCGGAGAUUGGAUAAGCUUUCUUCCCCCUAAUGAUGGUGAUAGGUGUGGUGCUAUAAGUUACUUUUCUGUUGGAGUUAAAGAGUAUGCUUUUGGUCUUUCGGUAAAGUCACGUAGAUAGGUUCAAAUAAAAUAAAAACUAAAAACUACGACGUUUAAAUCACAACACAAGCGAUCGCUUGUUUUGUGAUUGAAACGUAGUAUUUGUAAUUUUUUUUGUUAUUUUCUUUGAACCAAUCUACGUGACUUUACUGAAAGACCAAAAGAAUAUGAAUCCAUCUCCUCAGCAACCCGUGAACACCACCCACCCUUACAGCACCGCACGGCUCUCCGAACCUCUGAGCGACGGCUGCAGUAAACCUCCUCAUUCUCCGACGUGGGAUGCUGUCGAUGGUGGGAGUGGGCCUGUCACUUUUUCUUAGCCAUCCAGAACACCUCUAUCAGCCAGGGCUUCUGGGGAGGUUUUCACUGUGUACCCAAAGCAGCCAUUGCAGCUGCAUGAGCCACAGUCCUAAACCUCGCCCAUUUCCCCUUGGCAUCAGGAGGAGGGUUUGACGAUGCCAACCCCAGCUGCAAGUGAUGAUGAAAUUCUGGCUUGCUACUUUCAUCAGCUAACUGAGACCAGGCCACUGCAGGUUUGUAUGGGGUGUUAGAUAUACACCCAUUACUGGAGUGAAAGAAUGGUAGGCGCAUCUUCAGUGGCCAGAUCAGCUCCAAAGUAGGUCCUAGUGUCAAGGACAUGGGCCCGUAUCCAUUGUUUCAUCACUAUAAAGUCCAGUUCUUACUUGUGUAGAGGAGUAAAAUGGGAACGUGACGUCAUGUGUUCAGUGCGAUGACGUCACGUCUCCUAGAGUACUUAAGGGAGACCCCGUGACGAAAGCGGGGUCACUGUGGGAACGGGUAGAGUACAAAGGGUGAAGAGAGAACCAGGGGUAGAGAGGGAUCGAGUAGUGAGUCUGGGGAGAAGCCGGUGGUAGCCGAUAGAGGUGCUCUCUCUCCGGUCGGUGAAGUUGGCAGAGUCCCCGAUCCGACACGAGAGAGAGAGACUGGAGCUAGCCGGGCAGGGACCAGGACUCGGUGUAGGACCCCUAGCCCCUGGAAGUUGUGUACCCUUGUGUGUAUUUGUGAAGUCUUUAAUAAACCCUUG